AUGACUCCCACUAUCUUCCUGGUCAUCCUGUGCUUAGGAGUUAGGUCACGUGUUUCGGCACAUGAUCCCAGUUUGGAUGCUGAAUGGGAAGAGUGGAAGAUACUCUAUGAAAAAUCAUACAGCCUGGAGGAAGAACCACUGAGGAGAACAGUAUGGGAAAAGAACAUGAACAUGAUUAAACUUCACAAUGGGGAGAAUGGCCUGGGGAAGAAUGGCUACACCAUGAAAAUGAACGCCUUUGGUGACAUGACCGAUGAAGAAUUCAAGAAAAUGGUGGUUGCUUUCCCAAUGCAAACUCAGGAGAGGGGGAAAGGCAUCUGGAAACGAUCUCUUAGUGGUUUACCCAAAUUUGUGGACUGGCGAAAAGAAGGCUAUGUGACUCCUGUGCGGCACCAGGGCAAUUGUGGUUCUUGUUGGGCUUUUGCUGCAACUGGUGCCAUAGAAGGACAAAUGUACAAAAAGACAGGCAAACUCAUUCCUCUGAGUGUCCAGAACCUAGUGGACUGUUCUAAACCUCAUGGCAAUAAUGGCUGUGCAUGGGGUCACAUAUACGCUGCCUUUCGGUAUGUUUUGCACAACGGUGGUGUGGAGGCUGAGGCGACUUAUCCAUAUAAAGGAAAAGGAGGACCAUGCAGAUACAAUCCUCAGAAUGUAGCUGCUAAAAUCAGAGAAUAUGUGGCCCUCCCAAAAGAUGAGGAUGUCCUAAUGGAUGCUGUAGCAACUAAAGGGCCCAUUGCUACUGCAAUGCAUGUGCAUAAGUCUUUUUCAUUCUACAAUGAAGGCAUUUAUCAUGAGCCAAACUGCACCCGUAAAGGGAAUCAUGGAGUUCUGGUGGUUGGCUAUGGAUUUGAGGGAAAUGAAACGGAUGGUAAUAACUACUGGCUGAUCAAGAACAGCUGGGGAAAAAAAUGGGGCAUGAAAGGCUACAUGAAAAUUGCCAAGGACAGGAACAACCACUGUGGAAUUGCUUCAUAUGCCCACUACCCUCUUGUGUGA